AUGGGGUCCACCAACAUUUCAUAUCUAAACCCAAGGACAGUGAUCUUGAUUGGUAUCCCUGGACUAGAGAAUGUGCAGUUUUGGAUUGGAUUUCCUUUCUUUGGACUGUGCUUGGUAGCUCUGCUGGGGAACAUUCUAUUACUAAUCAUUAUCCCUAAAGAACGCAGUUUACACCAACCCAUGUACAUCUUCCUGGCAGUAUUGGCCGCUACUGACUUAGGUCUUUGUGUAGCUAUUGCACCUAAGAUGUUGGCUAUUUUCUGGUUUGGCUCUCGCUCCAUGGCUUUUGAUGCGUGCCUCACCCAGCUCUUCUUCGUUCACGCCUUGCAGGGCAUGGAAUCUGGCAUGCUCUUGGCUAUGGCCUUUGACCGUUACAUUGCCAUCCGUCAUCCAUUGAGGUAUAUAUCCAUCCUCACACCUUUCUUUCUAGCUCGAGUGGUGCUGAUGGUGGCAAUCCGGGCAACCGUACUGGUUGGGAUUUUGCCCAUUUUAUUGAAACAACUGAAACUUUUCCACUCUUUCAUUGUUGUCCAUUCUUACUGUGAGCACAUGGCUGUAGUCAAGAUGGCUGCAGAAGACAUUCAUAUUAACAAGUCAUAUGGGCUCUUUGUGGCUUUUGCAAUUCUAGGGUUUGACAUAGUCUUUGUCUUCAUCUCCUACAUUCUGAUUUUUCAGGCAGUAUUUCAUCUUCCCCAGAAAGAGGCACGAAUCAAAGCCUUCAAUACUUGUACUGCUCAUAUUGUUGUCUUCUUGGAAUUUUACAUCCUUGCUUUUUUUUCUUUCUUCAGUCACCGUUUUGGUCAUGUGUCACCAUAUGUCCACAUCCUCUUGUCUACCCUCUACUUACUUGUUCCCCCUGCCCUUAACCCUCUUGUCUAUGGUGUGAAGACCAAGGAGAUUCGCAUAAAGGUUGCUCAGGCUUUUAUUCUGAAAUUUGAUACCCAGCAGUGA